AUGUAUCGGCACCCAAAUCUAUCCACCUCAUCAUCUGGUUCUGCCAAACGACUUUCCACCAACAAUCCAUUUCGGAAUGUGCUCCUUCAAGAGGAAGCCACGGUUUCCAAAGAUGCACAGUUCAAGCAAUGGAUGGACAAGCGUAUCAAGGAGGAAUCUGAAAGUGACGGUGAUAGCAACUCGUUCAGUGAGGGCGAUGAAGCUUUAGAUUUCACUGGUCUCUCACUUGAAAAUGGCAAGAACAGAAAGCCCCGGUUAGUUACUCACAAAUCUGAUUCCACCAUGGUGCCACCGCGUUCUGAUAGCAUUACUCUGCUCCCAAAUUAUGAAAAAGAUCUGCCACCCACAUAUGAAGAGGCCGUGGGUGAUGAGCAUGCUAAUGAUGAGUAUCCAAGAGAUAUCAAAGAGUCGUUAGAAUCUGAUGGCAAUCCGUUUCCAACGGCCUCUUUUCCGCGUCGUGCCAAGACUGUCAGGGUUUCCGGACAUUCAAGAACACAAUGGGAUGGCCAACCCGAAUUAGGAUCUGGUAACCCUGGUCAUUCAAAUUUGGACCGUAAAAGAAUGACAGCGACUGAAGAAACAGAAAUUUUGUCUGACGGUAGGGUCAGGUCAAGAAGUGCUGGCCAAAGUUCUUUGCCCUCACAUGACGAGCAUCGUAAACACCAUCCUCGCCAUCACCAUCAUUCCCACAGAGAUGAUGAAGGACAUAGAUUACAUAGACAUCGUUCCUCAAGACGAAAAUUUGUUAUGGAGAAGCCAAAGAAUUUGGAUACCAUUGAUAAACUUGAUGUGACGGGAUUUUAUGGUGGCGCCAAAUUCCACCAUGAUGGUCCAUUCGAUGCAUGUACUCCGCAUCGUAAUAAGGAUAUCAAGCAGGCACCUGUACUGGCGUUCCCACCAGAUGGUCCCAACAAUUCUAUCAAAGGUGUGGGUCCUCUUCAUUCGAAGGCGGACCAAUAUGAUUUGGUGUUCGGACUUAGUGAAGAAGAUCCUUUGUACAGUACUAAAAUUUCCAGGGGUGCCAACACACCGCCUACACAGGACAGACAGGCCUCAUCAUCACAACAGCAAUUACGCGCGCAGGUCUCUCCAUCUGAACAGAGAUCAAGCAGUCAACCCCCACGUCUGCAGUUCUACACAGGUAAAACGCCUUAUGGUAACGGACUUGUGGUUAAAAAGGCUAGUCGCUCUACAGUUGGCUUAAACGACAUUGCAAGUAAUCCAAAUGAGACGAGGUUUGAUGUGAACACAAAAUCUACACCUGUCCAUGGUGAUACUACUUUAGGUUUAGGUUCUAGUACGUUCCUUGAUGGUGCUCCUGCAUCUACUGUAACUCAGAAGAAAGCGAUACGGAAGGAGCAGCAAAAAUCUGAGUUGGGUAGAAAGAAGAGUCUUCUCGAUUCAGGUGGUUUCUUGAAAAGGGUGAAAAGUAUGAAAGUCAAAAAGAGCUCCAGGGAUUAG